AUGGGAGGGGGCGGGGGCGGGGCGGAGCUCCCGUGCCCCGGACCGAGGCGGGCAGCGGACGAGGCGGCUGAGGAGGAGGAGGAGGAGGAGGCGGCAGCGGCGUCCCCGUCCCUAUCCCUGUCCCGGCCCCGCGGCGGCCCAAGUAGCGAGAAGGGGCCCCGGCGCCAUGAAGCUGCGGGUCCGUCUCCAGAAGCGGACAGCGCCGCUGGAGCUGCCGGGCGCAGAACCGACGCUCGGGGAGCUGCGCGCGCACCUGCGGCAGGCCCUGCUCCCCGCCUGGGGCUACAGUUCUGACAUCCAGUUUGUAGUCACACUGAACAGCAGGGACGCCCUCACUGAAGAUGAAAAGACCUUGGCUUCCUAUGGGAUUGUGUCUGGGGACUUGAUCUGUUUGGUUCUUGAGGAGGCCGCUGCAGAAUUCGCCGUGGCUCCAUCUUCAGAUUCAGCACCUUCUUUCCAGAGUAAUCACGAUCAGCCCUCUUUGGUCCCCAGUCAGAGUCAGUCUGGCAGUGGAGGUGAAGAAGAGCCGAAGGACCCGAGCCCCCCACAGGCAGCCCAACCUGCUGUCCAGAGGGCGGAUGGCAUGCUGGGAUCUGGUCUAGAUUUUAAUUCUGGGUUAAUUCAGGAGGAUGUGGAUAUGGAAGAGCGUGCAGGGUCCUAUCCCAUGGAACCAAUGCUGUGCAGUGAAGCUGUGGAUGGGCAGGUGCCACAUUCCUUGGAGACGCUGUACCACUCGGCUGAAUGCAGUAGUGCCAGUGAUGCCUUGAUUGUUCUGGUGCAUCUUCUGAUGCUGGAGUCUGGCUACACCCCCUUGGGCACUGAAGCAAAAUCCGUGUCCAUGCCCGAGAAGUGGCGAUCGGGAGGUGUCUAUAAGUUGCAGUAUACGCAUCCUCUCUGUGAAGAUGGCACCGCUGCGCUCACGUGUGUGCCUCUGGGGAGCCUCAUCGUCAUAAAUGCUACGUUGAAAAUCAACAAUGAGAUUAGGAGUGUGAAAAGACUACAGCUCUUGCCAGACUCUUUCAUUCGCCCCCACGAACAAGCAGAGGAAAACGUGGCCAGCAAAUACAAAGACCUCCAGAAGCUGUCCCGCCUUUUUAAAGACCAGCUGGUCUAUCCUCUUCUGGCUUUUGCCCGACAAGCUUUAAACUUGCCUGAUGUGUUCGGAUUAGUCGUUCUUCCGCUGGAAUUGAAACUGCGGAUUUUCCGACUCUUAGACGUCCGUUCAGUCCUGUCUCUGUCUGCAGUUUGUCGUGACCUUUUCAUUGCUUCGAAUGACCAGCUUCUGUGGAGGUUUAUGUACUUAAGGGAUUUUCGAGAUUGUGCUGUCAGACCUCGAGACACUGAUUGGAAAGAGCUCUACAGGAAGCAAAAACAGAGGAAAGAUGCCCUGAGAUGGAGGCACCCCAUGUUCCUGCCCCCUCCACCCCACCCCAUGCCGUUCCACCCCAGUCCCUUCUACCCCAGCCCCUUCCCCCCCAACCCCAUGUAUCCCCCAGGGAUUAUUGGCGGUGAAUUUGAUGAGAGACCAAUGCUUCCUUAUGUUGGGGACCCAAUCAAUUCACUCAUCCCUGGCCCUGGGGAAACGCCUGGCCAGUUCUCCCCAUUCAGACCCCAUUUUGAUCCCAUGGGCCCGUUUCCCGGUCCCAAUCCUGUCCUGCCAGGGCGAGGUGGCCCCAGUGACCGGUUUCCCUUCAGGCCCAGCCGUGGUCGGCCAACUGAUAUCCGUCUCUCGUUCAUAUGAUGGUUUUUAAGCCCAUUCGAGCUUGCUUUAGGUUCUGUUUUAUUUUUCCCUUAAAACCACAAUGUCAUCUCCUUGGGGUUACGUAUCCCUAGUGUUUUCUCAUGGUUGUGCACUCCGGGGCCCUUUGACUAGGCCUGCUUCAAGUUUCCUACGGGGAGUGCGCUUGGAUUACCAGGUUGGUGAAGGCUUCCCUGAGAAAGGGGUGCAGCUCAAGAAGAAGAGCCGGCUGGGGCUCCCCGUUCUCUCUACCCCAUCUCAGAAGGGUGUUGAAGUUACAACAUGCUGCAUCAGAUAGACAGCUUAACACGCAAAGUAACAUGUCUGCUCUGACUUUUCUUACAGAAAGAUGUAUAAUAAAUACUUAGGAGACCUUCCCAACCCGA